GGGGGGCGGGCCUCUCCCGUCCAUUGUUCUCGGUGCCCCUCGGGCUUGAGCCUCCGUGACUCCGGAGGGGCCGGGCCGUGCCUGGGGGCACUUUUGUGCGCGGAGAGGCCGCCCGAGCGGGAUUUGGUUUCUGGAGAGGCAGACUGCUUGUUGAAAUUUGAGGAGGGAGCUGCCUUCUCGGAGAGCCUGGCUGGAAAAGACUAAAGUUCAAGGUUAGAAGCCCCGAGACCGUGGAUGAUGGCCUCGGAGGUGCCGAGAGUAACCACUUCUCUGAGCCCCUUAGUCCAGGUGCCUCAAGAGGAGGAUGAGCAGGAGGAGGAGGUGGCCACCAUGAUCCUGGAGGACGACUCCUGGGUGCAGGAAGCUGUGCUGCAGGAGGAUGGUCCUGAGGCCGAGCCCUUUCCUGAGAGUGCUGGCAAGGGCAGCCCCCACGAGGAGGCAGCCGGGGGGCCACAGGGUGCACUUGGCCGCCUUCGAGAGCUCUGUCGGCGCUGGCUGAGGCCAGAAGUGCACACCAAGGAGCAAAUGUUGACAGUGCUGCCAAGGGAAAUUCAGGCCUGGCUGCAGGAGCAUCGGCCCGAAAACAGCGAGGAGGCAGCGGCCCUGGUGGAAGACUUGACCCAGACCCUUCGGGACAGUGGUAAGAUGCAGACCCUUAUAAGCUCCCGGGGGCCCCGGGGAAGCGCCUCCGGUGAGGACCCUGCGGAGGUGCCGUCCCAGGGCAGGGAAGUGGGGCAGCUCAUAGGCCUUCAGGGCACCUACCUGGGUGAGAAGCCCUAUGAAUGUCCCCAGUGUGGGAAGACCUUCAGCCGGAAAUCCCACCUGAUCACGCACGAGCGGACCCACACGGGAGAGAAGUACUACAAAUGCGACGAAUGCGGGAAAAGCUUCAGCGACGGUUCAAACUUCAGCAGACACCAAACUACGCACACCGGGGAGAAACCGUAUAAAUGCAGGGACUGUGGGAAAAGCUUCAGCCGGAGCGCCAACCUCAUCACCCACCAGAGGAUCCACACGGGGGAGAAACCCUUUCAGUGCGCCGAGUGUGGCAAGAGCUUCAGCAGGAGCCCCAACCUCAUCGCCCACCAGCGGACGCACACGGGAGAGAAACCCUACUCCUGCCCCGAGUGCGGGAAGAGCUUCGGCAACCGGUCCAGCCUGAACACGCAUCAGGGAAUCCACACGGGAGAAAAGCCCUACGAAUGUAAAGAAUGCGGCGAGAGCUUUAGUUACAACUCCAACCUCAUCAGACACCAGAGGAUCCACACGGGAGAGAAGCCGUACAAGUGUCCGGACUGCGGGCAGCGGUUCAGUCAGAGCUCGGCCCUCAUCACCCACCGCAGGACUCACACGGGGGAGAAGCCCUACCAGUGCGGCGAGUGCGGGAAGAGCUUCAGCCGCAGCUCCAACCUGGCCACGCACCGGCGGACCCACAUGGUGGAGAAGCCCUACAAGUGCGGGGAGUGCGGGAAGAGCUUCAGCCAGAGCUCCAGCCUGAUUGCCCACCAGGGGAUGCACACCGGCGAGAAGCCCUACGAGUGCCUGACGUGCGGGGAGAGCUUCAGCUGGAGCUCCAACCUCAUCAAGCACCAGAGGAUCCACACGGGUGAGAAGCCCUACAAGUGCAGCGACUGUGGGAAGGGCUUCAGCCAGCGCUCGCAGCUGGUGGUGCACCAGAGGACCCACACGGGCGAGAAGCCCUACAAAUGCCUCAUGUGCGGCAAGAGCUUCAGCCGCGGCUCCAUCCUGGUCAUGCACCAGCGAGCCCACUUGGGAGACAAGCCGUACAGAUGUCCCGAAUGCGGGAAAGGCUUCAGCUGGAAUUCAGUCCUCAUCAUACACCAGCGAAUCCACACGGGGGAGAAGCCCUACAAAUGCCCCGAGUGUGGCAAAGGCUUCAGCAAUAGCUCCAAUUUUAUCACCCAUCAGAGAACUCACAUGAAGGAGAAGCUUUACUGAAGGGGCAGAGAGGGAAGGUGUGGGGGCUGGCCAAGGAGAGGGACUUCCUAUGCUGCCCCCAAAUAGGGAUGUUUAUCUUUAGAAGAACCACUCUUCCUAAAUGCUUGUUGGGGGGUUGCCAGAACCUUACCCCUGCUCACCGUCAUCUCUAGGACCCCAUCAGCUUAGUGGUCAGAGUCCAGCCCCGAGAACAGAGCAUAGGAAUGGACAGUCAGAACGCUGAGUCUUUUUCUGUUACAUUUCUCCACUUGAUUGGCUCCUCUCCUGAUCCUCUGUGCCUCAGUUUCCUCUCUGGUAGAACAGGGGGAAACAGAUAUUUCUCUGUGUGAGAUGGAAGACAGUGUGGCCCAUGUUUCAGAGAAGUCCCGGAAGUCUGGUGGUGUGGUCUGGUUGUUCUGCUGCCUCUUGUUGGGCUGAGGGGCCUCCACCCGAGCUGCUAGCAUCCCAGGCCCCCUGCAUGGCAGACCCGGCUUUUCCUACCUUUGGGUCCUGGGCCUUCAUUUCGGGCCCAGGUUGGGGGGGCUUUUUCCAAUCCUGAGUCAUCGCCUGAAGGUAAAGCCCUUUUCUAGUUCUAGAAAGUGUCAGGAACACCGAAACACGAGGGAGUCUGGCCUGGAACCAGUGUCCCAGCAGGACUUUUCCAUCAGUAGGGGCUGCACACGGCCUGCCAGCAAAGGCAUAAACCAAGAUGUAUGUCUUUGCUCUCAUCUCUGCUCACUGUUCCGGGCUACGUCGGCCAUGGAGGGAAUGCACUUAUUCUUGCAGGGUUCCGUUUUUUGAGUGUGAGGUGAAGUCAGAGCCCCCCAGCUGCCUCCCCCCGUCCAGGUGGAUGGCAUCUCUGUCUUAUCACGGGUGAAACAGUCCUGCAUGCUGCAGGGUGGGCUUGUAUCUUUACCUGCAGGUACCUGGCCCCAUAGUCAUCACUCUGUGCACUUGUCAUUUCCUUGUUCUUAGAUUUUUAUCUUAUAUGUGCAGGUCUAGAAUUCUGUCUGGUAGCUUUUGUAUAUGAAGAACAUUAUUUUUAAGGAAGUGCUGAUUUUGAGGACACAUCAUCUGUCCCCUGGAGAGAUUUGGGCUUGAAUCAAGAGUUGGCUUAGAGAUGUCAUCCUUGAUCUUGGGUCAUUGAGCCAUGAAACAGUUAAGACAGGGGAUGAUAGCAGGUGAAGGGGUUUGUUAUGAGGGAAGAGGGAGGUAAAUGAGGUUUUUCUCUCCUACCCAUGAGGCCUCCACUCAGAAUGCACCUUGGUUCUUACAGGGCAGACACUCCACAUUGCCUAAUAAAGUAGAGUCCUGUUCUUUUCCUGA